AUGUUCUCCACUUUAUUAAGAGGGUUUCGAUCAGUUGGAGUGUCUACUUUGAACACAAAUAGCGUACGCCAAGUUCAAACCUCAGCAGUAGAUUCAGCUAAUAUUCAAAAACUUCGUGACCAGUUGCGUUACUAUGCAGUUGCCGAGAUUGCCGGUCGCCCCUUUUUGAUUACAAAAAAUGAUAAAGUGAUUGUCAACCGCUUAAAGGACGUUAAAGUAGGCGAUGUGCUUAAAUUAGACAAGGUCCGUGAGCUUGGAUCCAAAGAUUACACCUUAAAGGGAUCACCCUAUAUCCCGAGAACGUAUUUGACAUAA